AUGGUGGACACUGCCACGCACGCUACGUCACAAUCGGUCGAUGGCAAGAGCACGGAAUUAGAUUUGGAGAAUAAUUGGAUAACGGACGUUUACUCUAAUAAUAACUUUAAAGAUAUCCUUGGUCAAGUCGUCGUACCACCCCCGUACGCUUAUCACCCAAUUUCAUAUGGUUCCCCAAUCUCUACCUCCCCAUCAAAAGAUUCAACUCACACCUCUCCACCGGUUAAAGAUUUAUCAAGGAAAGCCUUGGAAUUUUUAAUUAAGAAUCCACCAAAGGAUGUAUUACCGAGCCAAGAAGAGGUUCAUUCCAUAUAUAAGGUGCAUGAAAAUAUUUAUUUAAAUCCCUAUUCUUCGUGGAAAUUCGUCAUAGGGGCAAACGUCGUUGACGAAAGUGGGGUGGUGCAAAUAACAAAUUAUGGCAAGUUGGUGGAGAUUAAUACCAGAAAGUGGAGCAGCGUUACCAAUAACGUUUGCGUACAAUCAAACUAUCCUUUCUUUAUCCCCAAAUCUUCUACGAUAAGAAGGAAUAGUAUUUCCACUUCUAUCAUUGAUAGAGCACAAGGAAAACCCAAUACGCACAUGAAAAGGAAUAGCAACAAGGUUAAUGAGGAUGUAAUGCAUUAUUUUGAGGUGACCGUGGUGUCUAAAGCCACUGACGUUGACACCAUCAUUUCCAUUGGUCUAUCAACGAAACCAUACCCUUACUUCAGGUUACCCGGAUGGAAUAAACAUUCUAUUGGAUAUCAAUCAAAUGACGGUCAUCUGUACCAUAACGACAUCUCAUCCUCCAGAGAAUAUGGUCCCGCCUAUAACGUGGGAGACAUAAUAGGAUGUGGCUAUAAACCAUCGACCAAAGAGGUGUUCUAUACCAAGAAUGGGAAUUACCUCGGUGCUUAUGCAUCUUCUAAAAAUCCUUUUGUUGCACCCAAAGAUGAUGAGGAUAGUUUAGAUCAUGUCUGGUAUCCUACGAUUGCCGCAAAUGGACAAUGUAAAUUAGAAAUCAAUUUUGGUGGUGACAUAGUUAAGGAUACAUUUAAAUACAGAUUGGCAAGAAACUUUGGUCCCGGUGCCCCUCUUUCCAUUGUUAAACAAUUAAGAGGUGGUGAAUUAAUAGGUAGUUUUGAAAAUUGUAAAUCAGAAAACGUUGAAUUGGAACAAAAACGAGUCAAGUUUGUUGAAUCUCCCACAACGGAGAAACGAAUAAAAAGAACUCCUCAAAGACGCAGAACACCUUACGCUUGGGAUGAUAAACUUCGACCCAUAUUUGAUGAUGAUAAAGUUGAUAAGAAGGAUAAAGGGAAAAAUAAAUUAAAUAAAUCCUAG